UUCUUUCUUAAAUUUCCAAGAACACAUCCCUCUAUAACUAGCUAGAAACACAGAUUUCUUAACAAAGUACCUUGGGGAUUUUGUAUGUAUAUGGAGUAGUAUAUACAUAACUUAAGGCACCAUGUUGUUGCUCUGACAUUUUGUGGGUCAGAAUUUGGUUCUAUUCUUCCUACAUAUAUAGUAUGUUCUUAGCUUAGCACACAAGCACUUCCAAAUUCAUCUCAUCCAAUUUUCUUGUCACUUUAUUUUUCCCAAUCUUUCUUCACACAUUUCACAACCAUAUAAGGCUAAGGUGUCACAUUCCCACCACCAUGAACAAAGACUACAUUUUGAGGAUGAAACCUAACAAGGCCAACAAAUCUCCCACCGGGGGAGGCGAGGUCGCCGGAGGGUGGGAAGUCCGGCCAGGUGGGAUGCUGGUGCAGAAGAGGAACUCAGAUUUCAAUCACAUUGUUUCAAACAUCAAAGUUAGAGUGAAACAUGGCUCUGUUUACCAUGAUGUUGUGAUCAGCUCUCAAGCCAGUUUUGGUGAGCUAAAGAAGAUGGUGGCAGGGGCAACUGGGGUGCACACACAAGAUCAGAAGAUAAUUUACAAGGAAAAGGAGAGAGAUUCAAAAUCAUUUCUUGAUAGUGUUGGUGUAAGAGAUGGCUCAAAGAUUGUGAUGGUUGAAGAUGAAGUGAGUAGAGAGAGAAGAUGCCUUGAAUCAAGAAAGAAUGCUAAAUUGGACAAGGCAUCAAAGGAGAUUGCAGAGAUCAGAUCUGAGGUUGAUUCCCUUGCAAAAAAGGUGGGAGCAAUUGAAUUGGAAAUUAAUGGAGGCAAGAAAGUUGUGGAGACAGUUUUUUUGGGCUUGAUUGAAUUGUUGAUGAAACAGCUCAUAAAGUUGGAUGCAAUUGCUGCUGAUGGAGAUGUAAAGCUCCAGAGAAGAAUGCAGGUGAAAAGGGUGCAGAAGUACAUAGAAACUCUUGACAUGCUGAAGAUGAGGAAUUCCAGCCUAGGAAAUAUGCAGCAAUACCAAAAGAUUUACAAGGAACCGGUGUCGAAAACUUGCCAAAAACAGCAAGAAAUGAAGAAGAUUAAUGGGGGUUUCAAUGAAGGGCAAGUGGUGGUUACAACAAAAUGGGAGACAUUCUGAUGAACCAAAGAAAGUUCAAGUUCAAGAAAGUUGCUGUGAUGAAAAAAGAAGUUAUAUAAUUUCCAAUUGAAAAUUGUACUAAUUUCAAAGGUUGUAUAAUUAGCUUGCGCUAAAAUCGCUUCGGUCUAGCUAAGUAAAAUCUUGUAGCGCAUGGACUUCACCACUUAGUUAGGCACGUGGAUCAUAAUUCAUUUAUUAGAAUUUGUGUCUUUAAUAA